CUGUCUCUCCCUCUGUCCACUGCAGGCCCAUGGAGAGUGGCCCUACUCCGCCCGUGUUCUUCAAGGUGAAGAAGACUCAGGAGCCGUCGCAGCCCUCCCAGAACGGCGAGUGUGCUGCCGCUGCCGCUGCCGCCUCGCAGAAGCCCGACAGGAAACCGCAGCAACAGCAGCAGCAGCAGCAUCUGCAUAAGCAGCAUCAGCAGCACACACACACUCUCACACACACACGCACGCACACACAGCAGCAGCAGCAGCAGCAGCAGCAGCAGACGCACACACACAUGCAGGAGCAGGCGUCCUCCUCAGAUGUCUCCCCUAAAUCCCCCGAUGACAGCGAAAGCGAUGACGGGGACAGUUUGCCCCCGUCCUGCCCGGAGGAGGACCCCGAGAGGACCAGGCACAGAAGGAAGCAGAAAACUCCAAAGAAGUUCACCGGAGAGCAGCCCUCCAUCUCCGGCACGUUUGGACUCAAAGGGAUGAAUAAAGCGGAGGAGAAGCUGAAGGCUGGGAGAGCGAAGAGGACAGAGGGGGGCCUGUUCAGUGAGGAGCCCCCGAGGAAGCACACAGCUCCGGCUCCAGCUCCGUCCAGGAGAGACAGAGAGAGAGAGAGAGAGGCCUCUCAGCCUCCAGCCUCAGGACCCCCAGCAGAUGCCCAGUGGCACAGUGCCAUCUCCGAGAGGGGGGAGGUGGUGUGCCCCACCUGCUCCGUGGUCACCAGGAAGACCGUGCCGGGCCUGAAGAAGCACAUGGAGAUCUGUCAGAAGCUCCAGGAUGCCCUGAAGUGUCAGCAGUGCCAGAAGCAGUUCAGGUCCAAAGCCGGCCUCAACUACCACACCAUGGCUGAGCACAGCGGCAAGCCCACUGGGAAGGAGAGCCCCGUAAGCAGCAGAGGAGGCAGUGGGCAGGAGGAGAGGGAGAGACUGCGCCGUGUCCUCAAGCAGAUGGGCAAGAUCAAGUGCCCCAGCGAGGGUUGCUCGGCCCACUUCUCCAGCCUCAUGGGCUACCAGUACCACCAGAAGCGCUGCGGGAGAGACGUGUCCGAGGCCGACAAGCCCGUCUUCCUGUGCCAGCACUGCGGGAAGACCUACCGCUCCAAGGCCGGCCGAGACUACCACCUCCGCUCGGAACACCCCGUCGCUCCAGCCAGCGCCUCCAGAGGAGUGGGCACAGAGGAGUCCAGGCAGGGCGGGAGGAAGGAGCAGCAGCCCCCCGCGGAGAGGCAGAGGGAGGAGGCGCACAGGAGGACACAGCAGCAGUCGGCCCGGGUGAAGGAGAGGUCGGAGGAGCGCGCCGGCGGGGGAGCAGGAGGCCCCGUCGGUGACCACGACCACGGCGCCGGGGUCAGGGGGGACUGCGGUAGCCACGGCGGCGACGGCGGCGACAACGACGGCAUGGAGGACUUUGAGAGGACGCCCAGCGGGAGGGUGCGGCGGCGUUCGGCUCAGGUGGCCGUCUUCCACCUGCAGGAGAUCGCCGAAGACGAGCUGGCCAAGGACUGGACCACCAAGCGCCGCAUCAAAGACGACCUGGUGCCGGACAGCAAGAGGCUCAACUACACUCGCCCGGGCCUUCCCACGUUCGACCCGGAGAUCCUGGAGACGUGGAAGAACCAGGUCAAGGAGAAGGGCUUCAUCUGUUGUCCUAAUGGAAGCUGUGAAGCUGUUUACUCGAGUGUGUCUGGCCUGAAAGCCCAUUUGGCAAACUGCACCAAGGGAGGGGGCGCCGCGGGGAAGUACAUGUGCCUGCUGUGCCAGAAGGAGUUCAGCUCGGAGAGUGGCGUGAAGUAUCACAUCAGCAAGACACACUCCCAGAAUUGGUUCCGUGCCACCACCAACAUACCGCCCAACAGCAAGAAACCACCGCUUCCUGAAAGCAACGGCAUCAAGAACGAGGUGAAGAAUGGGGCGACCGGCAAGAAGAGGGGUCGCAAGCCUAAAGAGCGCCCCCCGGAGGUGACCUCCGCCCUGUCAAAGACUCCGAGCGCCAACCCACCGUCUGUGCCCGUCCAGACCCAAACUCAGAACCAAACCUCAGGCUCUGCCCAAAAUCCAGCCCCUGCUCUGCCCCCAACCCCCACAACCACCACUCCCACUCCCUCCCCCACACCCAAACCUGCCCCCACACCCAAACCUGCCCCCACACCUACCCCUGUGCAUCGGGGCAGCUUGGGGCAGAACAGAGACACGCAGACCCUCGUGAAGAAGAGGGGCAAGCCCAAGAAGGUGCCGUCCGUCGAAUAACGUGGAUGACAUCCGGUGAGGAUGGCCGUCAGAAGGAUGGCGAAAGACAAACGUCAGACGUCAGACGUCGCGGCACAACACAGCCUUCUGAUCCCCAGAGGCUGACGGAUAGGAUAGAGCUCGAAGAAUAGCCUUCCAUGGAAUGGAGCUCUUGAAAAAAUAAUUGGUCCUGUAUCUGAUUUCAUGGGGGGGUUUUGUUUCGCUUUGAUUUUUUUUAGUUUUUAAUUAUUUAGUUUUUUUUUACCUUAUAUACAUGUACUUAUAUACAGUAUAUGUGUUUGCUGGUAUAUACUGAUAUAUAAUAAUCUUUUCUUUUUUUUCAUUCCAUUUUUAGACCUCUUGUUAAUGAUAAAGAUGUUACUCUAAAACAGGGGUAAUUGUAAUCAAAAUUGAGAUCCCAGUUUAUAUAUAUAUAUAAAUAUAUAUAAAUAGCAUUUUCUAGAACAAGCAUAAUAUUUCAGAUUUUUGUGUAGCGACGUCCACAUGUCCGUAGUUUCAUGUUGUGUUCAAGAGAUUUUCAAAAAGGAUAUACAAAGUUAUUCAAUUAGCAUGGCGAGCUAAUUUACUGCUAGUGUUUUAUCACGGAUAUAUUGUACUGUGUAUAUAUACAAUAUCUAUAUCUAUAUAUAAUCAAAGCAAUGAAUUUGUCCACAGUUUUCAAACCGAGGUAGGUCAAAGUGGUCCUUUUGGUUUAGUUUUUUUUGUUUUUUUCGACAGUCACAUUUCAUUUGCUUUCUCUUCGAUGUGAGGUUUGGUCCAGUUACGGCAGCUGUGUGUCAGAGAUAGGAUGGCUCCAGACUGCUGCAGUGCAAUAGUGUGUUGCUCUCGUGGAUUUGUUUUGGUCUCUUUUCCGUCUGAACUGUAAGAGAGGUGGAACUUUACAUAUACUGUACACCCCGCUAAGAAAGACUCCUUCUCUUGUUUCAUCCCUGGCUGUUGUCACCGUGGUUAUAGGUUUUGGCAGUUGGACAAGGUUGUUGAAAACCCUAUGUUAACGCUCCACCCCACCCCACCCCACCUCACCUCACCCCCAGUUUGGAACAUGCACGUGUAAUUGGUGUUUGUUCUUUUCCCACGUGGUCUAACAAAACUGACUUUCACUAAGGCCAAGCUGUUAAAAGCUAUGAAGGUAUAAGCUAUUUUUGUCCUGUUUUUUUGUCCUGUUUUUUCAGCUGUAUCGGAGCAGACUGAGCAGACUCGUUAGGCUUUGGAUUGGCCUCAGACCUCGAUGAUGUCACUAUAGCUAACCUAAGCUGGAAGGAACGUAAAGGAUUUUUAUUUUCUGAAGCUACGCUGGGGGGAACUCCCCAAGAAGCUAGACAUUAAAACAAGAUUAUUAUCAUGGAUGGAUUAUCAGGAGGAAGAUUAACAAUACUGACCUAUCGAAUAGUUGGAAAGGAUAUUCUUUUCGCUGCAGUUGUACAAGAACGACAAGCAAUGCACACAGACUGCGCGUGAGACUAUUAUUAACUGUAUGCAAUAGAGAGAGUUGGGUUUACAUGCGGACAGAGCUGCUUGGUGAGACAUCCUAGCACAAAGACAGAGGUCACCAUUGGCUUAAGUAUGAAACCGGAACUGAACAUGUCGGAACCAGGCCUCAGCUUCUGUUAGGAGGAUGGCUUCGUCCCUUUUGUUUUGGUCAUUGGACGACGGGAAGCGCGAGCAGUUGCUUUGUUGAGAAUUCGAUGAAGGUGUUUUUCGGUGACAGAACUGGGCCCGGGCCUGAGAGGAUUUGGACACGUUUGGGCCCGAGGUCCUAUCAGUGGAAGAAAAAAAAAAAAAGCGAAGAAGAGAUGUUCCUCUUGCACUUUAACCCUCCCCUGCUCUCCCCUCCCUGUUUUAUCUUGCACUUUUGAGGCACUGUUAAUCUUUCACCACCCCAACCUUAAUCCUGGGCUGGGCAGUUACCCCACACCCCCCCUCUCUCUUCCUACCCCCCCCCACCCCCCAAAAAAGAAAACAUCAUGUGAACACAGCACAGAGCAAGACCCACCACAAAAAGUGUCAUGUGCGGAAACAAUUCAUCCCCCUUGCUCCCACUUGAAGAAACAAAAUCAUGUGUGUGGAGCCUGCAAUGGGUGACAGUCACACUCACUUAAAGCAUGAAGCCAUACGUGUCCCUUUAAAGGGACUUGAGAUUUCAAAGCUGGGCGACUGUCCAUCGCAACUUCCUCAUUUUCUUACAAACAGCUGAGAUUUAGAACAUAGUAUGAAAAGAAAGUCAUAGUUUGAGAAUCAAAAUUGAAAGAAAAAAAAAGAAUCCGUUAUUUAUGCUAAGAGAAAUAAAUGCUCUAAUUGAAGUACUUGAAACCAUAAACAACUUACCAUUUUUAAAAUAAAGAAAUCCUUUAAUCACAGGUCACUCAUAGAGAGAAUAAAUUCAGUGAAUUAUUUAGUGUAUAUUUAUAUCUAUUGAGAAUAAUAAUCAGUUUGCUCAAAUUACCAGAGGAAGAUUUAUUUUAUGAGCUCUUGUAAAUAGGAUCUUCAUAGCAAUCUAAUAGUACUUGGAGUGCAUUUCGAAUGAAGUGAGAACGUGAAUUGUUAUGGUUUGGCAAAAGGUGCUCUUGGAACCAUUCUACCUUAUGGACUGUUGUGUAGGUCUAUCGUGACGCAGUCCCAAAUCUCCCUGCUUUCCAGAGUAAACAACUUAGAUUCAUGGGGAUCACUUAUCUUCUGUCCACGCAAAAUAAUUAAUAUCACUUGUGUUUUAAGAAGACUGCUCCAAAAAUGGGAAUGCAACAAUUCCUCUCUUAUUAACCGGAGCGGUCUGUAAUUUAUUAUGUUUUCACACAAUAUUUAUGAAGUGUUCUUUUCCCUGUUUUUUUUUUUUCAGUGUUAGUUGAAUUGUCAUAGGAAACCCUUUUUUCUGUGUGUGUGUGUGUGUGUGUGUGUGUGUGUGUGUGAGUGUGUGUGUGUGUGUGUGUGUGUGUGUGUGUGUGACGUUGACUCUCUGCCUAUGUGUGUUAUCAGUGUGGUCUUAGUCUGGCUGAUAAUUAGCUCGACUGCCUGUCAUGGUAAAGAAGUGACAGUCUUCAGAUGCUAAAUACAUAGGAGACGCCUUUGUUACACCUAGUCGAAUGUACUUCUCAUGGUUUCCAAUGAUUUCACCUGAUUCCUCUUGGUUUGUUUCUUUUGACAUUUGGUAUUGUUUGAGUGAUCGCUGAGUGAUACCGUCGUUGUUUAUAUUGCGAUUAUAUUGUCUUAGCUUUCAACAAUCUGUCUUCCUAGAUGUGUCUUACACAUAUGCAGAGGUGUGACCGACUAAAUGGCAAUGUUUUAUUUGCAAAAUGACAGCAAUACGCCAUACCACAUCUGAAUAUAGGUUUGUUUUUUGGCUGAUAAGGACGCUGUUUCCAUAUUGAAAAUUGUCUCCAAAUUUGUCUGGGCUAUUUGUUAGUGCCAUUCUUCUUUGCUUGUUUGCUUCUUAAACUUGUAACACACAAGUUGUUAUUAUAUGAAAUUGAAAAGCCACUUAUUGGGGGACUGAAAUGUAUUUCAAUACACAAGCUUGUCCUUACCACGACUUCACAUGGAUGUGUGCAUGUGUGGGAGUGUGUCUUUCUUUCCGUGUUAGUACACUUACAAGUACUAUCCCAUGAAAUAGGCUUGAAUUUGGAGUGUUUGUAGAGCGCGUAGGUGACCUAGGUGGUUUGGUGUGGCUUUUUGUACCCUUUACUUCCACUUGGUGUGUUUUUUUCUUAUAUUCCUAAAGGUUUGCCUCACUAACAAUACAACAAAAUAAACUUUUAAAUGAUUUUAAGAGUUUAAGUAAUGGUGUGUUAAGGUUUGCUUUUGAAAAUGAAGGUAUAUUCCCCCUGUGUAGGGCUGUUACAUUAUAUCCAGAGGCUGAGAUUACAAAGAAGCUAUUGAAAACCUAUGUGACCCCCUAUUAUUGAGAAUAGUAGCCAACUUACUGUAAUGAAUUAAACAUUUUUGUUUCUCUUCCUGUUUCUCUAUUUAAGUUUUUCCUACAGUACCGUUUCACAGGGAGGCAUCUUCCUCCAAAUCUGAACUGUUACAGUUGUUUGUUUUUUUUUCUCUGAAAAUUGUUGUAUUAACUGUGCAUUACUACCCUUCAACUAAUAAAAUGUUGUUGACUUAAAAA